CAGUGCCGCCAAUCAAAGUGCUGGAUCGUCGAAAGGACCACCUCUUCAGUCGCCCUCGCUAUCCGCUCCGAGCAGCCACACAGGCAGCUCCCUCGCUCAUGAAAAAAAUCGGUUCCUCACAGCUCCCAAUCAUCAGUGAUGAAGACUCGGAUGGGACCCCGCCCUCGUCCCUCCUCCGUCCGGCCAAGACGGCUAGAGAGGCGCGUUCAAGGAAGAGUCAACCAGCCGCAGACGCCGGCCCAUCGUCCAAGAGGCUCGCCGGACUCUCAUCAAUCUGUGGCCAGAAGACAUCGACAGCGAAGUGGAAGGGCAAAGACCGUCUGAUGGACGAUGACGAAGACGCGGUCAUGAGCGACUCAUCCGACCUUGCAUGCAAGAAGCCAGGGGAGCGAAGCGAAAGGCAGACUCAAUCGCAACCGAGGAUCGCAAGGCCAAUGCGAUGAAAGGCUCCCCGCUCAAUGCCGUCUUCCUUCAUCUUAUGGAGCAGUGGGAAUCGAGGAGCCACUUGAGGGGCAGACGCCUCGCACGACAUCCAUGGCGGAGAUGCCGCUCGUGUGGAGCAGCCUCGCGGCGAAUGCGCUGCACUGGUGAGAACCAUGUCCCGUUGCCCCGGAGGCGAAUAG